CUUUUUUCAAUCUCUGACGUAUUGAACUAAAAAUUUUGAUUUAAUUCAUCAAAGGCGUGUUAAUUGGGAACUUUUCAGUGUUUUGGGUGAUAUUCUUCAAUUUCAAGUUCCAAAGGACCGUAACAAACAAAUGUUAGUUAGUUUGCCCAGAUAAUAAGACCACAAGAUGAUUAAUUUGACAGUAAAAACAUUGGACUCUCGGAAUCACCAGUUUUCAGUGAAUGAUGAUAUGACAGUGGAAGAAUUCAAGAGGCAUAUAGCUGAAGAAGUAAAUAUAUCUGCAGAAACUCAAAGAAUUAUAUAUUGUGGACGUGUGUUGCAAGAUUCAUCAAAAUUGAUUGACCAUGAUCUGGAUGGAAAAGCUGUACACUUGGUGCAAAGACCACCACCAGGUACCACACCUUCAAACUCCUCUCGAUCUAGUAGGACUUCUUCACCACAUCCUACACAUAGAAUGUUUCCUACUUUCGAAACCAAUAAUGCCACAGUUUUCUUGGGAUCAGUAUAUCCCAGCAAUUUAGACACACAAGGAGUAUUGCAUCCUCCAACUCAUACCCAUGCGUUCACUAGACUCAAUGUGGCUAGGAGGAUGCUGAGGAGAGCUGAACAUCUUAUUACUCAGUUAGAAAAUCCGACAGCUCCGUCUGAGCCUGCUCCGCAGGAUGAUCCUCAAGAUGAGGUACUGCCUAUUAUUGAAGCCAGGCUGUACUAUCCUGGUGCACACACAGCAGCUGAUGAAAGUCAAAUCAUCACCCAGUUUUUCCAGAAUUAUUUACGUAGAGAGUCACAGAAUUCGGGAAAUGCAUCCCAAAGUUCUGGCAGCACCCCCCAGGUUCCAACAAACACAAAUACAGGGGAGCAAAGUACACCAAAUACUUCAACUUCCACGGCUCCACCCAAUGAGUCUGUACAAGAUACAAGGUUCCCUGAGAAUGCCACAAGAACUGCCCAGUUGGCAGAAGUAUUGAGAACAUUGAACGAUGUGCAGCUAAGAUUUGCUCCCUUCUUAGAAAGAUAUCAGAAUUUUAUGCGCAACGAUCCAGUGGUAACUUCUAAUGAAGAAACUCAAAAGAUCCAAUUGGAGCUGAAUAAAGUGUCGGAGGUGAUGCACUUUCUUAGUCACGCUUAUCAUUCUCUUAGCGACGUUAUAUUGAGAGUUAGAACUUCACCCCCAAGACCGCUUUUAACCCGUCCUUUGAUGCUACAACAAUCGGCUUUUGUUCAGACACGUAUGGGGAUUCCAAUUCAGGUCGAGGCACAAAUAAACUUGUCGGAAAGACCCAGCGGCGGUGCGAGCAACGGUCAGGCCCCCCAGACCGGGGAAACCGCGCCCCCCAACACAACCGCCCCCACCGCCACCCCCCAGUCUUUCUCCAGCCAGGCCGUGCCGAUGAUCAGCACAGUACGCGUGCCCAUUCCUUUGGAGAUCAGAGGUCUGAUGCCCACGCAGGGCAUGAGCUCCUUCGUCCCAGCCCGGGAGGGUGGGGGCGCUGCCUCGGGCCCCGCGGCCGCCGCCGCAGCAGCCCUCGCCGCCUCCGGGGUCGGCAUCCGGAGCAACAGCGCCUCAACCUCGACCUCGUUCAGCUCCUCGGACCCGGAGGUCGAACUGAUCAUGGAGGUCACGCCUGAAGGUAUUAGCAUUGAUUCUUUGGACGCCGGCGUCGUCAGAUCUAACCAAGCCGAGGACUUCCUUAGAGGAGGGUCCAUAAACGGACAACAGCCGGCCAACUUUAUACACACCAUGAUGCAAAUGGCCACCGAGCUGAUUCACGGUACCGGUCGAGAUCCGACUGCCGCGCGACAGACCUCUGCCACCAGCGCCCCGCCGCUGACCCCUACGCCGCCAGCCCAAAAUUCGCAGGCGCGAGGCAACAAUCAGACCAACCCGACCAGUUCUACACAGACCCGAUCUACCCCUAGGCCACACGUCCAUUUGCACCAUCAAAACAUACCUUCGGGUUUCGAUCCCUACUUACCGUGCCAUUCACAUCACGUCAGUCGACGUAGGGUGUUCAACGAGUCCUCUUCGACUUCCGCCAGUGCUGCGCAGAAUCAGUCCAGUUCCGAAACCCCAACUGCGAGAGUCAGAGUGGAAGAGAGACAGAACCUCUCAAGUGACACUCUUCACGGAAGAUUACACGGUGCAGUGAACAGACUCUUGGAACAAGUUGGAAUAGGUGAUGCCCCAACAGCCGUUGGGGAAGACAGAAUUUUACCUUCUCUUGCUGAAGCUAUGAUUCAUCCUUCGGCAUUUUCCGGCUCAAGGGUUUUAGAGAGGAGAUACACUUUGGAGUCUGUUUUCGGAGAGUUCAACUUAUCUGGAACCUAUAGGUCCGGGGAAAGUAUAUUUGGAGAUGUCUGUAUGGCAUUAUAUAGAACUUUAUCCUUGAGGGACAUACUGAGGUUGAACGUAGGUGAUUACACCCCUCUAGCUCGUGUUAUGACUCAUCUCCGUGAGUACUUCAGUUCCUUGUCUCUAGAAUCAGGUGCACGUAUCAACGAGGUAGUUGAACGGUUUGUGGUGGAAUCCCAGGGAGUGUUUCUUACCAUGUCGCAAGUUCCUAUCUGGCGCGAUGUGGACAUUACAGCCACGUUGAUUAAGUUCUUCCGCGCCAAGUUACCGGCAAUCUUGGGACUUUGUGCGAGGGAAUUGGAAAGAGACACUUCGGACCCAACCGCCUUGUUCGAGACGGUGGUAACGACGGUCAAAGAAUUGGGUGCGUUGGUCUUUAGGGCCUGCAACAGGGAUGUAGACGCGGCCGAGUUGGUCUUCAAUAGAAUUAGGAGUAAACAUUUGAAAGGUCUUCCCGAGGAGUUGCUUGCCUGGUUCGCACCGAAUGGAUACUCCUUUUUAACAGAUUUCUUAAGGAGAAACAGCCAUCUAAUAGGUUCUGUUGAGUCCUAUAUCGUGUUACAGAAGCCUGCCAGUCAGAGUGAGGCUCAGGAAUGUUUCAGAGACCUCAUCAAUAAUCAGGAGGAGGAAGAAGAGCCAAUGGAAGUGGAAGAAGCCCAACCGGAAUCAGCAAGUGAUAACGAACCUUCAACCCUUCCGAAACCCAAAGAAACUGUCACAGAACCUCUUCCCAACGUCGUACACGGGUCCCAACCAUGGCACAGUCAAGUACCCGCGGACUGGGUACCCAUAAUCACAAGGGAUGUGCAACAGCAGAAAAAAUCUAACAUACAGGCACCGUUCAGCGACGCUUACUUGUCUGGCAUGCCCAGCAAACGUAGGAAAAUAGUACAUAAUAAUAAGCUUAAGCAUGGAAUUCCGUUGCCUCAAGUCAUAGCAGAGAGCGUUAGGAAAGCUGUGAAUAAUACUGGCCUAGCAGCAGUGGCACCUUUGGAAACUGUGUCUAGACACGCUGGAACCUCAGUGGAAAUACAAAAUGCUUACAGGGCGUUAUUGAGAACCUCUGUCCAACAAGGAUUGAGAGAUAACCCAGAUUUCACCCCUGAAAGAUUUCCUAAUGCUGCUAAUUACUUUUUCCCAAAGUAGAAACUAAUUUAUUAAAAUAAGAUUGCUACUCAUAAAUUUUUAGCGGAAAGAUAUAUACUUUGCAACGUACCUAGUAUGAACCAUUUUCACAUUUAAUGUCCAGUGUCCCGAGUUUGUAGAAUGAAUGCAUUAUAUGGCUCAAAUUGGUUGUUCUAGAUAAAGAUCGUACUGUAUUGAUUUUCAACACAUUCAUUCUUAAUUGUUUCAGUUCUUUCCCUUCCAUUAAAAGAAAUAUUCGAGGGAUGAUUGCUAUUAAUCAUCUUAUUAAUUUUUAUGUAUGGAUAUGUUUAAUAGAUAAUUUACAUU